AUGGCCAAGGUGCUGGUGUACAAGGACGCGGGUGUGCUGGAUGCGUCACACGCGUCGGUAUCACGCACACUGAGAGAGCUUUGUAGGGAUACGCAUGAUGUACAGACGGUAUCGAGUCAAGUCCUUGCGCUCGCGCCAUGGGAUACGUCGACUCGACUGGUGGUGUUACCGCCGAUCCACCCUACUGGCCAUGAUCCGUGGACGCGGGCGUAUGGCUUGCGCACUGCGCAGCAGCGAGUGCUGGAUUAUUUGAACAGAGGCGGCGCCGUUUUAUGUCUUGGACAGAGUCUCGCGUGUAUUGACGCCGCACUGGAACCCGAUGGCGACGUUUGCCGAGUCACUCGGGGCCAAGGCCAGGUUCUGUGGCAUGCUUCGCCUGAGCCUGAUGCGCAUGCGAUCGAGGAUCUUUUGCGCACUGCAUCCAUGCGCGUGCAGUCCGUGUCUCCAGGCAGUAUACCCAAGUGCACGUCCCUUUUCCUUGCAUCAUGCAGUCGCCCCCUCCUAGACGCUUGCGUGUCGGCUCUGCGAGCGCAUGCGACGCUCUCGGAGACGGCAGCCUAUGUUGCUGAUGCCUCGGAUACGUGGAAACUAUGCGAAGAUGCGAGUCAUGCCGCUUUGAGCAGCGAUGAAGCGGAUGUGACGCACGUCGUGUGCGUUACACGGGAUCAAUUCGGUGUGGUUCGAGAGGCGACGCGCGCGUUUGACCUGGCGUCCUACUUUGGCGCCUUGGCUAGCGCGCGUGCGACGAGUGCGGCUCUUUUGCCAUGGACGCCUCCGCGCUCUUUUCAUUUCGCUGCGGGGAAUUUGAUCGGCUAUGCGCGUGUCCUAAAGAGCACACAGACGUUGCUGGACUCCCACCCCCGCAUGCUGGGAGCUUGUCCGCCAGGUACGACCAUGUUUGCUACGCAGCAAGUCCAGGGACGCGGACGCGGCAGCAAUGUCUGGAUCUCGCCGUAUGGCUGCCUCCAAUUUUCGACACUGGUGCCACUGCCUUUGCAUAUCGGCAAUAAAGCCGUCUUUCUGCAGUACCUGGCCGCGCUGGCGGUCGUGUAUGGCGUGGGCGCUGCGUACCCAAGUUCGCGAGGACGAAUUCGGAUCAAGUGGCCGAACGAUUUGUACGCGCACGUUCCUGCGCCGCAGAAUGGCAGCCUGUGCGUCGUGGAAGAUGGCGUGAAAAAGCACUUUGUCAAGAUCGGCGGCAUUCUUGUCACGGCCGUGUGUCACCAGGAUACCUUCCAGGCCAUUGUGGGAUGUGGCGUCAAUUGCCUGAACGAAGAGCCUACCACAUGCAUUCGUGCGCUGGUGCCCGACGAGACCGUCACACAAGAGGGCUGUGCGGGUGCGAUCAUGGCCGCACUCGAGUCGCUGGUGCGUGUGUUUGCCGAUGCCGACUAUACCUUUGAGCCCUUUGCCAGCGCAUACCGAGACGCCUGGCUUCAUUCGGAUCAGCCUGUCGAGCUGAGUGACGUGCCCGGAGAGCCGCGGCGACGGAUGGUGGGUAUCACGAGCGACUUUGGACUGCUGCGAACGGUGCCGUAUGACGCAUCGAUUCGCGCCACCGAUCCACGGGCAUGGAGUGCGGCACCCAUACCAGGCGCGGUGGAUGUCCAGCCCGACGGGAACUCCUUUGAUAUGCUGCGUGGCCUCGUGCGUAGAAAAGGGGACUAG